GAACCGAUUCAAAAGAUUCGAAUCAAAAGGACGAUGCUAAUCCCAAUCGUUUGAUCACCAGGAGGCAUAGGAGGCGCGAGAGACGUGUUCCUGAAGCUGGUGACGACAUAUUCCUGAGACAGGCGGGACGUGACUUUGUCAAGUCUAUUUUCAGUUUAAUUUUAUACAUUGAUGAACUGACAAGCUGCCUCUGCACCAAAAUGUCUGUGCUCAGGACCAUCAGAUGCAACCCUCAAGUGUUGUGUAGAAAUCUAACCGCGCGGUCUUCAUCCAGUCUGACUGAUGGAGAGACGCGAAUCACACAAGUGUUGAAGGAGAAGUUUCCUCAAGCUUCGUCGCUCAAGGUUGUGGAUAUAUCAGGAGGCUGUGGUGCAAUGUACGAAAUACACAUCGAGUCUGAUGAAUUUAGAGGAAAGAGAAUAGUGCAACAGCAUCAGUUAGUAAAUCAGGCUCUCAAAGAUGAGAUUAAAGCCAUGCAUGGUCUACGCAUAUUCACUGAUGUACCUAGAAAGUAGGAACUGCUCAGCGUCACGUCAGUCUGCUGUCUCUAUGAUAUUAUAUCACGCACCUCAGUCUCUCUGUCUUUAUAAAGUAAAUUAUGCAGAGUUAUCACAGUGGCAGUGGAGUAAUUUACAGAUGCUAUGAACAAACGAUGUACAGUUAUAAAAAUAUAGACAUGGCUCACAAAUGCUGUAAUGCGCACAAAAUAAAAGACUGUCGUAUUUUUUA